AUGUCGGGCCCCACCUCGCGGCUCCUCCUCCUCGCCCGCCGCGCCGACCGACGCAGAGGCCUCCCCUUUCUCGCUCCCCGCGCCUUGCAGGCCGCCCCCCCGACCUCUUCCCCGGCGUCGCCACCACCUCCCUGCCUCCCCGCCUCAACGCCGGUGAUGAGCUACUCAAGUGCAUUUACAAGUGUACAUGGAGAGAGACCAUCAUCAGAAUAUGCAAAGAUCAGAAAGAAGUCACUGGAAACCCAGUUUGGAAGAAUCUUGGGGUCAAGUUCGCGCAGGAUUUUUGCUGACCGUGGCUUUGGUCCAUUCCUUGCUCUGUACAGGGCUGCUACCAUCUCUUUUCAUGUUGUAAAACUCACUAUUUGGCAUUUGUGGCUCAAUGACAUGCAUAAAAGAGCAGAAAAGUUUCGAGAGACCUUGAUACGCUUGGGUCCUUUUUACAUCAAGCUUGGCCAGGCAUUGAGCACACGGCCUGAUAUACUUUCUAGUGCGUAUUGUCAGGAGCUUGCAAAGCUACAGGAUCAAAUACCACCAUUUCCAACUCACAUUGCACUCAGGACCAUAGAGUCUCAGUUGGGCUCUCGAAUUUCUGAUUUGUUUGCUGAUAUCAGCCCAGAGCCGAUUGCAGCAGCAUCACUGGGGCAAGUUUACAAAGCUCAUCUACGUUCUGGAGAGCUUGUUGCAGUCAAAGUUCAAAGGCCUGGAAUGGCGCCCUUGCUGACUCUAGAUGCACUUUUGUUCCACAUGAUUGGAGGACAAAUGAAACGAUUUGCUAAGGCUCGCAAAGACCUAUUGGUGGCAGUUAAUGAGAUUGUCAGGCACAUGUUUGAUGAGAUUGAUUAUAAUUUAGAAGGACAAAAUGCUGAAAGGUUUGCUACUCUUUAUUCUCAUGGUUCUGGUGGGAUCAAUUCUGAAGGUAGUACAAGCAUCAAGGUCCCAAAAGUUUACUGGAAUUAUACAUGUAAAACCAUACUGACACUGGAAUGGAUUGAUGGAAUUAAGCUAACUGAUGCUGAGCGCAUCAGCAAAGCCAAUUUGAACAGGAAAAGAAUGAUAGAUGAGGGUCUCUAUUGCUCAUUGCGACAGCUGCUUGAAGAAGGAUUUUUCCAUGCAGACCCCCAUCCUGGUAAUUUAGUUGCAACUGAAGGUGGAUCUCUAGCAUAUUUUGACUUUGGUAUGAUGGGAGAUAUUCCGAGGCACUAUCGUGUGGGGCUUAUACAAAUGCUUGUACAUUAUGUUAAUCGGGACUCCUUAGGCUUGGCGAACGAUUUCCAUUCACUAGGAUUUGUUCCUGAGGGAACAGAUUUACUUGCAGUUGCAGAUGCGUUGCGGUUUUCCUUUGGUGAUGUCAGGAGGCAGUCAAAUGAUUUCCAGGGUGUAAUGAACCAUUUGUAUGAUUUGAUGUAUGAAUUUAAUUUCUCCCUCCCCCCUGAUUAUGCGCUGGUGAUAAGAGCACUUGGUUCUCUAGAAGGGACUGCAAAAGCACUGGAUCCUGAGUUUAAAGUUAUUGAGAGUGCAUAUCCUUUUGUGAUUGGGAGGCUCCUUGCAGACCCCAGUCCCGAUAUGAGGAAAAUAUUAAGGGAGCUUCUUAUACGUGAUGAUGGAUCCAUCAGAUGGAAUCGACUGGAAAGGCUGAUUGCAGCUAUAUCUGAACAGUCAUCAGAAUCUUCAAGCGCAGCGGGAGCUGACUCUAGUGAGCAUGCCAAUGGAAGUCCUGAGUGGAGAUCAUUUGAUAUGCAUUCUGUGAUUGCAGCUACAGAAGACCUAUUUGAUUUCAUUUUAUCGAGGAAAGGAUGGCGGGUUCGGGUUUUCCUUGUCCAGGAUAUUGUUAAAGCUUCAGACGUGUUUCUUCAAGAAGCAACAUUCCCGUAUAUAUUUGACAAGGUGGGAACGAUAGGGGACAUAAAUCCAGAGAGAAGUAAGAUGAUCAGGAGGCUGGUGAAUACAGUACAAUCGUUCCGGCAAGCUAUCAGUUUGGCUCCAGAUGCUUGGAGUGCCAUGCUAAUCCGUACUUUGUUGAAGCAUGAAUCACAAAAAUUUGUUCUUGAUGUGUUUUUUACCCUGGCUAGCCAUUCCAGUUACAAGAUUCCAGAAACAUUCUGGCUCUGUAUGUCAAGAUUUCUAAAUUACUUGGACAAACAAGAUACGCUUUAG